GCCCAUGAGAAGCAUUACGAAAAUUGGUGUCAGUUUUUGUAAACAUUGUUUCACUAAAGCUAGAGGAUGUAGUUCUCAUUUUCAUCAUGAUUCAAGUGUCUUUAAGAGUAACGAUUCAAAUGUUACAAGCGGUGAUCUUUGGCGUCUUUAUAAAUCGUCGAAAAACUAUUGUGAACAGUUAGCGAAGAGUGAUUUGCAUAAAAUUAAUGCCAAAGGUGUUUUUUCAAACAAUGAGAUUAAUCUUGGUGACAUCAAUAUCUAUGGCUUUGACUAUGACUACACGCUUGCAGAUUACACCGUUGAGCUGGAUCAGCUUAUUUACCAGAUGGCAUUGCAAAUUCUGCUGGAAACUAAACUGUUCCCUCCAGGAAUAAAAGAUGUACCCUAUGACCCCAACUUUGCUAUCAGAGGCUUACAUUAUGAUAUUCAUAAGGGACUGCUUCUGAAGAUAGAUGCCUUUCAUAGGAUUCAAUUUGGAUCCGUCUUUAAAGGUCACAGACAGUUAAGUAAUGAGGAGGUUUUAGAGGAAUAUGGAAGUGUCCACAUUCCUGUAACAUACAUGAGUUCAUUUCAUGGCAAGGGGCAUAACAUGAGACAGUUAAUGGAUGUAUUUUCUAUUCCUGAAAUGGCUCUACUCGCAAACGUGGUGGACUAUUUGGAAAAUUGCAAUAUUGAUUACUGUCCUGGCAACCUUUUUGAUGAUAUUCAUAAUACAGUGAAGCAAGUUCACUACUCCGGUGCAAUGCAUAAAGAAGUAAUUGAAAAUCCAGCUAAAUAUUUAAAGAAUGGAAACCAGAUUACAUCAUUAUUAGAGAGGCUACACUCUGCUGGCAAGAAGUUGUUUCUUAUAACCAAUAGUCACUUCCAUUUUGUAGAUCAAGGAAUGAAGUACUUAUGCGGUGAGGAUUGGCGGGAUAUAUUUGAUGUUGUUGUUACCCAGGCUAGAAAACCACACUUUUUCAAUGAUACUUCCAGACCCUUCAGAUGUAUAUCACCUAAGCUUGGAAUACCAGCCUGGUCAAAGGUCUACGAACUAGAGAAAGGCAUCUGAGAUUACAACAAGUAACUCUGUACCCUUUAAGCGUGCUGUUGUGUGGUUGUUGACAUUACAAGCCCUCAUUGAAAAGAAUCAGGUUCACAAGAAUGCUGAGUGCCAAGCUGUUGUUCAAGAAUGGUUACGAGAGCGGCAUCAACUCAGAGUUACAACCAAGACGCUCUUCAACCAUCAAUUUGGAAGUAUCUUCCGCACGUACCAUAAUCCCACCUACUUCUCACGCCGUCUAUCACGUUUUGCUGACAUUUACACGUCGUCUGUUGAUAACCUGAUGUCAUACUCGUUGGAGCAUUGUUUUUACCCACAGAGGGCAGCCUUGCCUCAUGAGAUGAACUUUAACCUGCAUCCUCAUAUUGAGGACGAAACACCACAGGGUCCCUGGUCUGGAAUUUUCCAAAAGUCAUAAGUAAACAUAGUCUUAACAUGAAGGUAUUAUUGAGAAGGAGAUCACUCGAAAAAGCUACGCACACGCAGCGCUAUGCAAAUGAACCAAGAUCAAAGCUGCCGUAGCGCGUGAAGAACGUUUGCGUGAUGCCUUUGAAGUCCCAUGUGU